AUGCAGCAUAUGGAAUCUCUCCGCCAGCUAAAGGAGAACAUGAUAGAUGCACCUGUCUUUGGUCUUGAGCCACGACCACAAGAUUUGGAGCGUAUCUUUGAUACGAAGAUGUGCUCUGCAGAGAAUAGAUUGGCGUUCGUAGUAUACAUGCUCAUCGACGAAGCUGAGCAUUGGUGGAUCAAUAUGAAAUCCAUCAUGGAGGAACGAGAGGAACCCGUUACUAGGGAAGCCUUCAGGGGAAAGUUUCUCUCUGAAUACUUUCCCGACAGUGUGAGGGAGGGCCACUUUGACAAGGACUGCCCCUCCCUUGCUAGGGCAGUAGCACGACCUCCAGUUCAGACUCCUACGCAGAACCAUCAGAGGAACAGAGGCGACAGGCCUCAGGCGAUAGGUAGAGUUUACGCUAUGACAGGAGCAAAGGUUGCAGGCUCAAGUAACCUUGUUAUGGGUCAUUGUGUGAUAUCUGGGAAGGAUUGUUGUGUAUUGUAUGAUUCUGGAGCGACACACUCCUUUGUGUCAAAUGCUUGUGUGAAACGUUUGGGUGUGUCGGUGUGUGAGCUACAGUGUGAGCUUGUGGUAUCUACUAUGGCAUCGUAUUUGGUCAGGAUGUCAUCCUUGUGUGCAAGGUGUUCAGUGGAGGUGGAAGGGCGCGGAUACAAGGUGAAUCUGAUAUGCCUACCUCUACAAGAAUUUGAGGUGAUCCUAGGGAUGGAUUGGCUAUCUGCCAAUUACAUCCUUAUAGAUUGCCGAGAGAAGAGGUUUGUUUUUCCCAACUUAGAGGAGCCUGAGUUGGUAUCUUCUCAAGGAGUUAUGAAGGAAUUGCAAGAUGGCGCACAAUGCUACAUAAUUUUUACGCAUCUAAAGGUAGAGAAGGGAGGAGAGACGUUAGUGAUACCGGUUGUGCACGACCUUGAGGAUGUAUUACCAGAGGAAGUGUCAGGGUUGCCGCCUAGUAGAGAGGUGGAAUUCACUAUUGAUCUGGUGCCAGGAACCGGUCCAGUGUCGAUGGCUCCGUAUUGUAUGGCUUCGACAGAGUUGGUGGAACUCAAGAAGUAA